UAAAGCGGGAGCAGCGAGGCAGAGGAUGUCCGCCGCCCGCCCGCCGCUCCUCAGCGCGCCCGCCGUCGCCUCCGCGACCUCAUGAAUUAGCGCAGCGGGGUGGGGGCGGGGUCCAGGAGCGAACGCUACAGCGGAACCGGCGCCCCAGGCAUGGCCAGCUCGUGCGCCGUCCAGGUGAAGCUGGAGCUGGGGCACCGAGCCCAAGUCAGGAAGAAACCCACCGUGGAGGGCUUCACCCAUGACUGGAUGGUGUUCGUCAGAGGGCCCGAGCACAGCAACAUUCAGCACUUUGUGGAGAAAGUCGUCUUUCACCUGCACGAGAGCUUCCCCAGGCCGAAAAGAGUGUGCAAGGAUCCACCCUACAAAGUUGAAGAAUCUGGGUAUGCUGGUUUCAUUUUACCAAUUGAGGUUUACUUCAAAAACAAGGAAGAACCUAAGAAAGUUCGAUUUGACUAUGACUUAUUCCUGCACCUUGAAGGCCACCCACCUGUAAAUCACCUCCGCUGUGAAAAGCUCACAUUCAACAACCCGACAGAGGAAUUCAGAAGAAAGCUGCUAAAGGCAGGAGGGAUCAUGGUAACAUCAGAUGGCACAUCAUUCUCUUCAGGACAGAGCCUCCACCUCCCCAACCUUCCCAGUAACUCUCUGUCUUUUUCUGAGGUGAAGAAGAAAUCAUCUCAUGGGACAAAGGAACCAGCUAGGAUUCUGAACACAAAUAGCAGCAGCAGUAGUAACAGUUUUACAAAGACCCACAAGUUAACAAAGGAGCACAAGGAAAAAACUUACAAAGACUCAAAAGAACAUAAAAGUGCCUUCAAAGAAUCUUCCAGGGAACACAAUAAAUCUUCCAAAGAAUCCUCUAAGAAACCCAAAGAAAACAAACCACUAAAGGAUGAAAAAGGAGUUCCUAAGACGGCCUUCAAGGAACCCAAACCCAUGUCCAAGGAGCCAAAAUCUGAGAACACCCCUAUCCUUACUGUAGCAGGUGGGCAGCAGCAAGAAAAGAAAACCCCCACAAAAAGGCCUUCUGUUCCAGACUAUGAUGAUCCUUCUGCAAAAAAAAGAAAGAAAAGUGGCUCAGAUUCAUUAUUUAAAAAUAUUUCUAGUGUGCCACCACUGAUUCUUACUUGUUCAGCUGACAAAAAACAGCCAAAGGAUAGAUCUCAGCCUCAGGUGGGGAGAGUCAAAAUUGAAAAUGAUGCACUGGAAAGGAAGACACCUGCUCUGCCACCAUUUGAUGAUAUUGUAGAUCCCAAUGAUUCUGAUGCGGAGGAAAAUGUGUCCUCCAAAUCUGAAUCUGAACAGCACAGUCCUGCCAGUUCCAGCUCCAGUUCCAGUUCCAGUUUUACACCAUCUCAAAACACCAGACAACAAGGUCCACUGAGGUCUAUAAUGAAAGAUCUGCAUUCUGAUGAUAAUGAAGAUGAGUCAGAUGAAGCAGAUGAGAAUGACAAUGAUUCUGAGUUGGAACGACCAGCGAACACACAAGGAGGAAGCAGGAGUCGCAGGGUUAGUCUGAGUGAUGGCAGUGACAGUGACAGCAGUUCAGCUUCUUCCCCACUACAUCACGAACCAGCACCACCCUUACUGAAAACCAACAAUAACCAGAUUUUGGAAGUGAAAAGUCCAAUAAAGCAAAACAAGUCUGAUAAACAAAUAAAGAAUGGGGAUUGUGAUAAGGCGUAUCUCGAUGAACUAGUAGAGCUCCACAGAAGAUUAAUGACAUUGAGAGAAAGACAUGUACUGCAACAGAUAGUAAAUCUUAUAGAAGAAACUGGACAUUUUCAUAUCACAAAUACAACCUUUGACUUUGAUCUUUGCUCACUGGAUAAAACCACAGUCCGUAAACUACAGAGUUAUCUGGAAACAUCUGGAAUCUCCUGAGGACUCAGCAUCUGGCUGCAUCAGAAACUGUUCUUUGAAUGAAACAUUCAGGAUGAUGCAACCAAAUUGGGG